AAACGCAAAGCUGUUUCUCUAGCCUCUCUUCUCAAUCACUCACCUUACAAGAACAGCUUCAAUUCUCUCACUAAACUUAAUCAUCCGACUAGUAAAAGUCUUAACUCAGAUCUCAUCCCAAUGGAAAAAAUUGAGAGACAAACCGAAGAAGCAUCUUAUCUAGGGCUUCCUUUUAAUUUCCUCAACCAAACUCUUAAAGCUAUCUUAAGGUGUCUUGGAAUACUUCGUCAUGAUCCUCCCACGGUUACGAAAACGUCGUCAGAUUCUGCACCCUUAAACCAGCCGGAGGAGGAAGAAGAUGUGGUCAUGGAAGACAACGUCGUUGUGGCGACUAUGGGCAGUAAAAACGGCAUCAUAAUAACGAGUAGGGGAUCAAAGGUGAAAGCAAAGAAAAAGGACAAGGAAAAAGUUAGCUCAGGACGACCGGGGCAACAUCACUAGCAGUUUCACUACAUUACUGCUCCUUCUUUUCGUAAUAUAACUAGUUUUGGCUAAAAACACGAAGAUUAAGAAGUAUUUUAUAAUAAAUAGGUUAGAUAUUAUUUAACCAAUAAAAAAUAAGUCUAUUUAAUUUGAUUGGUCACACUGUAUUCAAUAAAUGUAAAAAUUACCUAGAAAUACGAAAACUACUUACAUGACAAAAAUAUUUCCCUAAAACUAGUUACAAUAUGAAACGGAGGGAGUAUUAUUUAGUUUGAUUCGCAGUUAUGAUUUUUGUUUUAAUAAAUGUUUCAAUAAUGGUAGUAUAGUGUUGUUGUUUGUA